UUUUAAUAUUAACCUAACUUGCUCUCAUAAAGAAUUUGAGAAAAUAUAUUAUUCGGUUAGGAAAGAAGAUUAUAUAUUGUACUAUUAUAAAUAUUAUUGAAACUCUAAUAUACUAACUUGCAUAUUGGGAUUUAUUGUUCGAUCUAAAUAGACACAUAUAAUUCCUAUCAAAUAUAAUACAAACGUUAAAUAUAUUGUAACAUACCAUUUAAGAAAUAUUGAAUACUAUUUAGAAAAUGCUUCGUUUUGCAAAUCCAAUAAUAACAAUUUCAACUCCUUCGAAUUCGCGAACGAAUCCAGUCAUUCAGUUAGCUCCUGGAUCGACUCUUUCGAAUAAUCAGCCACAAAUUUCUAAUGAACAAAUUGCCAUGAUCAAUGCAUUGGGUAAUUAUACAGGUGAAUCUGAGGAGAAAUGUCUUCGUUAUUUGAUCUUUUUUGGUUGGAACUUUGAGUUGGCAUAUAAGGCAACCGUUUUAUUGAGCCAAGAGCUGUGUGAAAGAACCAAAUUGUCUAAUUUGUUUCUUGCGAGAAGAAUUUUAGAAGAAGCACAAUUUGAUGUGACGUUGUGUCACCAACGAAUGGAAUUAGUCCUGUAUUUGAUGAAUAGAACUAAUUUGGUUCAUGUAUUUGCCUAUGAUUGCUUGCAACAAUAUCAAUGGAAUAUCAACAGUGCUUUACAACGAGUUUUUGAGUUGGCUUCCAUGAAUAGAUUACCUUCUCAUGCAUUUUCAACAAUUCCUAAUUUGCAAGUGCAACAACAAUCGAAUAAUAAUCAACCAGAUUCUGCCAGAUCACUGCUUGCUCUUCAAACUGCUUACCAUAACCAAUCGAGACACAAUUUAUUUAAAUUGUAAUUGUAAAUUAUCAAUCAAUUGUAAAUUAUCAAAAUAUAAAAAUGUAAAUUACCAAAUAAAAAAUAAUUAACCGUGC